AUGCCACAGGCUGCAAGAUGGGUGGGUUCUCCCUCCAUCAAGGGAAAGUCGGAGUCGAUGCGAAUGGCACUGUUGACAUUCAGCUUGUUGGGGUUACAAUUUACAUGGGGCAUUGAAAUGACCUAUUGCACGCCGUACCUGCUCCAGCUGGGUCUUACAAAGUCACGGACUUCACUUGUGUGGAUUGCUGGCCCCUUGUCUGGGUUGAUCAUUCAGCCUUUGAUCGGUGUCAUUGCGGAUCGUUCACGCUCGAAAUGGGGAAGGCGCAGGCCAUUUAUGGUCGUUGGCUCGGCUAUUGUGGCAUUGUGUUUGCUAGUGCUGGGAUGGACGACAGAAAUUGUCAGCCUAUUUGUGAAAGAUGCAGAGAAGUCAAAAAAUGUCACCAUAGCCCUUGCCGUCCUCAGUAUCUAUGCAGUCGACUUUGCGAUUAAUAUCGUCCAAGCUUGUUGUCGCAGCUUGAUCGUCGACACAUUGCCGAUUCCAUUGCAACAAGCUGGUUCAGCAUGGGCUACCAGAAUGUCCGCAAUUGGUCAGCUGAUUAGUUAUGUUAUUGGUUCAAUCGAUACGGUCAGCCUCUUCGGUGCCAUUAUCGGUGAUACGCAGUUUAAACAGAUGACAGUCAUUGCUGCACUCUCGCUGAUUGGGGCUGUUUCCGUCACCUGUUAUUCAGUGGAGGAGAGGAUACUGAUUACUGCCAGGGACUCCGAUGGAAAAGCGGGAGCGGUCCAAGUCAUUUCUCAGCUUUUCAAGACGACAAUGGACCUUCCUCCUCGGAUCCAGGCAAUCUGUUGGGCGCAGUUUUGGGCGUGGAUUGGCUGGUUCCCCUUCCUUUUCUAUAGUACUACGUGGGUCGGUGAGACCUACUUCCGGUACGAAGUCCCGAAAGACGCUCCUCAGUCAAGCGACUUUCUCGGCGAAAUUGGACGGGUCGGCAGUCUGUCUCUGGUGGUUUUCUCUUCCAUCACUUUCAUCAGCUCUGUGCUUCUACCGUUCUGUGUGCAACCUCCGGACAGCAAACGGUCCAGAUUCACACCGCGCCCACCACCUGGUAUAGCUGCACUUCUUAAGAAGAUCACUGCGGUACGACCAGACCUGCAGACAUCAUGGCUGAUAUCUCAUGUGAUGUUCGCUGCGACCAUGAUUUUUGCACCUCUGGCCCAGUCUCGCGCAUUUGCAACAUGCCUCGUCGCCCUAUGUGGUAUUCCGUGGGCGAUCAGCAGCUGGGCUCCUUUUGCAUUCAUGGGAGUGGAAAUCAACAAGCUGGCGAUGGGACCUGCAGCUGCAGCGCGCUCUUCUGGCGUGACAAUGAUUACUUCUUCUACUAUCCGUUCCGGCAUUCAUGACACGGACACGGAGAUGGACGUCCUGCGACUCAAUCACCAUGAUACGGAUAGCGACAGUGAUUCCGAUGAUGACGCAAAUAUUCCUUCCACUGGCGAACUGGCUGGUAUCUACCUCGGCGUGUUGAAUGUAUACACUACGCUACCGCAAUUUGUCGGCACAUUCAUCAGUUGGAUCGUCUUCAGCCUCCUCGAACCCGGCAGUACGAAACGGGACGACUCUGCGCAGGACUCGCAAUGGAUACGCCGAGAUAAAGAGGGUCCUAAUGCUAUAUCCAUCUGCCUGUUUGUGGGUGCCUUGUGUGCACUUGUAGCGGCCGAAGCUACUCGACGACUUCGUUAUGCUCGCUGA